AAGUUUCUCCCCUACAAUAUAAAGUUUCUCCCCUACAAUAUAAAGUUUACCCCCUACAAUAUAAAGUUUCUCCCCUACAAUAUAAAGUUUCUCCCCUACAAUAUAAAGUUUCUCCCCUACAAUAUAAAGUUUACCCCCUACAAUAUAAAGUUUCUCCCCUACAAUAUAAAGUUUCUCCCCUACAAUAUAAAGUUUACCCCCUACAAUAUAAAGUUUCUCCCCUACAAUAUAAAGUUUCCCCCCUACAAUAUAAAGUUUCUCCCCUACAAUAUAAAGUUUCUCCCCUACAAUAUAAAGUUUCUCCCCUACAAUAUAAAGUUUAUCCCCUACAAUAUAAAGUUUCUCCCCUACAAUAUAAAGUUUAUCCCCUACAAUAUAAAGUUUCUCCCCUACAAUAUAAAGUUUCUCCCCUACAAUAUAAAGUUUCUCCCCUACAAUAUAAAGUUUACCCCCUACAAUAUAAAGUUUCUCCCCUACAAUAUAAAGUUUCUCCCCUACAAUAUAAAGUUUCUCCCCUACAAUAUAAAGUUUCUCCCCUACAAUAUAAAGUUUCUCCCCUACAAUAUAAAGUUUAUCCCCUACAAUAUAAAGUUUCUCCCCUACAAUAUAAAGUUUCCCCCCUACAAUAUAAAGUUU